AUGGGACGUCCGAUGUUGGCGUUAGUCAUCGGCGCGGGGCUCCUCGCCGUCGUCGCGUGCGGCCCUCCCGGCAAGCCGUCCUUAGGCUGGGGAGAACGCACAUUCGCAAUCGUCGAAGUAAACCAAGCCGCCACAGCUUACAACCAGCUGGUAACAAAGAAAGAUGCAGCCGAUGUUACUGUAACAUGGAACGUCUGGUCUGGUGACCCAGCUGAAAAAUCCAGGGUACUGCUCAACGACAAGGAGUUCUGGUCUGGAUCUGGAUCAGCCACCUCAGCCACCUUCAAAGUUAAGAAGGGUGGUAGAUACCAAAUGAAAGUGGAACUCUGCAACUCUGCAGGAUGCAGCUACAGUGAAUCAACCGAGAUAGUUGUUGCUGAUACUGACGGUAGCCAUCUCCCACCUUUGGACUAUUCUAUUGGUGAAAGGAACAAGCCCUUCAAGCAGACUUCAGGAAAGGUUGUUGGUGCGUACUUCGUAGAAUGGGGUGUCUACCCUAGGAAAUUCCCCGUCGACCGUGUGCCUAUUCCUAACCUUACUCAUCUGCUGUACGGAUUCAUCCCAAUCUGUGGUGGAGAUGGCAUCAACGACAGUUUAAAGGAGAUUGAAGGCAGUUUCCAAGCUCUUCAGAGAUCUUGCAGCGGCAGGGAAGACUUCAAAGUAUCUAUCCACGAUCCUUGGGCUGCUCUUCAGAAACCUCAAAAAGGUUUGUCAUCCUGGAACGAGCCUUACAAGGGUAACUUCGGUCAAUUGAUGAUGUUGAAACAAGCAAGACCAGAUCUGAAGAUCUUGCCUUCUGUUGGUGGAUGGACCCUGGCUGAUCCGUUCUUCUUUUUCACUGACGAAGUGAAGAGACACCGCUUCGUUGCUUCAGUCAAGGACUUCCUUGAAACCUGGAAGUUCUUUGAUGGUGUUGACAUUGAUUGGGAAUUCCCUGGUGGUAAAGGAGCCAACCCUGAUCUCGGCGCCCCUGAAGAUGGUCACAUCUACGUCCAGCUGAUGAAGGAACUCAGAGAGAUGUUGAACGAGCUCUCUGCCAAGACUGGUAAGAAGUACGAAUUGACAUCUGCUAUCAGCUCUGGUUGGGACAAGAUUCAAGUUGUGGACUACAAAGAAGCUCAGCAGUACAUGGACCACAUCUUCUUGAUGAGUUAUGACUUCAAGGGAGCUUGGUCUAACGACACUCUUGGCCACCAGGCUGGUUUGUACGCCCCAGCAUGGAACCCCAAGGAGACUUACACAACUGACUUUGGUGUCAAAUUCCUGUUAGCACAAGGUGUCAGCCCCAAGAAGAUCGUUGUUGGUGUUGCUAUGUAUGGAAGAGGUUGGACUGGAGUUAACGGCUACAAAGAUGGUAAUCCGUUCACUGGUGUAGCUACUGGUCCAGUUAAAGGAACUUGGCAGGAUGGUGUGGUAGACUACAGAGAGAUUGCCAAUGAAAUUGCUCAGGGCAAGUGGGAGUAUCACUAUGAUAAGGUGGCUCAGGCACCGUAUGUGUUCAGGAAGGAGACUGGAGACCUUAUUACGUAUGAUGACGCGAGAUCGACAAUUGAGAAAGCUAAAUAUGUGAGGAACAAUAAGUUAGGUGGGUUGUUCGCUUGGGAGGUGGAUGCGGACAAUGGUGACAUAUUAAAUGCCAUGAAUAUGGGUCUCGGUAACAAUGCGUGA